AUGGCAGUAGAGUCUUCUUCAUCACUGCAAUUGUCGGAUGGGGAGCCACUGAAAAGAGCAUCAGAUAACAGAACCCCCACUGAUGAGCAAUCAAGUGACGGUCUUGACCAAGGUGACGACUCUGACAAGAAACAAUUUGUGCAUAUAAGGAAGGGUAGAAGAAAGAAAGUCAAAUCUCAGAACUCUUCUAGCGCUUUGUCCACUGCUGUGGAGCUUUUUGAAAAAGUGGUUAAUAAUGACCCAACAACACAGCUGAUGCAUUUUUUCAAAGAGGAAAAUCAGCGAGCUCGUGAGCAUGAAUUAAAGUUAAUGGAACUCUUCAUGUCACAAAGACAGCCCGCAGUUAGUUAUUCUGCAGGUUCAUCCUCUAUCAUUUUCCCAGGAAGAAGCCCCAGCCCAUUUGCAGGAUCUAGUCAUUGUGCAGGUUCAUCCUCUAUGAUUUCCCCAGAAAGAAGCCCCAGUUCAUUUGCAUACACAGCUCAAGAUUUACUCUACAAGGAACUUCGACAGUGCCAGUUCUCAGAGAGUGAAGGGAAAAGGUAUCACCAGUUGUAGAUUAAUGUGGAACAGAGUGGACAUUAAUGUUGAUAUUUCUUGUAUAUUUCCUGACUUUAUCCAUGAUCAUCAAUAUGAGGGAUGAUUAAUGUUUGUACUCCAUUUAACUAGUACCACAGUUCAAGUUUAUAACUUUUUGAAUUUUUAAAAAUUGCCGCUUCUCUUGGUUAGAACUUUCACACUUUAAAUUUUAAAGUACAGUCAAUCUCAUGAUUGAACCGUUGCGUUUCUCUGUGACAAAAUGGUGCAUUAUGAAGGAAUAAACAGACAAUUUACAUCCAGUUCAUUUCAAAGGGAAAAUGGUUCUUAUUUUUUCAUCAACAACAUAACAAACAUCAAAUACAUUCAGUGGAAAAGAAAACAAAACAUUAUCUUUUUUAACAAGCAACUCAGCCAUUGUUAUAGCCAAUUGAAAAUUUCAUGAGGUAUGUGACAAUAGACUCUGUAGCAAAAGGAAACAUUAUUAUAACAUAGCGCGCGUGCUUGCCCUGUAUAAGUCCUAUUGAGCCGCUAUGAACAAAAUUUUUAUUUACGCACGCCGGUAAAUAAGAUGACGUGAGCAUUUUUUUGACCUGGAUUCAGAGUUUCCGUCCUGUUAAGCUGCGGUGCAGUUUUCCUUCUCUUAGAAAUAUGGAAGAAACCAGCGAAGAACUACCAAAUUUUUCUAUCGGCAUUGACCUUUUAGGUCCUGAUCCAACAAGCAACAAAAAUAAAGCCGAAAAAAACUCGCAAGUUGCACGUUUCGCAAAUUUGUCGGAAGACCAGCUGUAGCAAAUCUUGGCCGAAAGACAUUCAAUGGGAACAAAAAAAAGUCACCAAUUCGUCAUUAACAACAUAUAAAGGUAAAAUUUCCCUUUUUAUUGUUGUUUUUAAAUUUGUUCAAUCUGGGAAAUUUCGCACUAUAUCACAAUAAAAGGCUUCUUCUCGCAGAUCCUUGUUGUCGCUCUGUUAUAAAAGAAUUUGCUCAUGCAUUUAGCUGUGCGUAUAUCAAGUUAUGGAUGCACUUAAGAAGUUUGGAGUGCACUCAAAAAGCUAGAGUUGCUCUCGGCUGCGCCUCAAGCUACUCUUACGCAUUUUCCGUGCUCUCCAAACUUCCCGCGUGCAUCCAUAACCCGAUAUACGCACGCUAAGCAUGAACAAAUUCUUAAAGAAUAAGGAAAGUGACUCUACGCUAAUCUACAAUUUUUAGACACUUGAGCCAACACCAUAACAUUAAAAAAAUGAAACCAGCUUGCAUGAGUAAUUAUGAACUGGUAUCAUAACAAGUGAAAAUAUCAAGACAAAUCAUGUUUUCUUGUUGAUUAUGCACCAGUUCACCUCCAAUUCCUAAACUAUUAUGA